UUAAUCAAGUUUGUUUGCAGACCUGAUGUUUCUGAGCUGGAGUCGAAGCUUUCAGAACAGUCCAAGAUACUCUCAAAUCUUCAGCAAAAAGUUGAUGACUUAGCAUCGAAGCAUGCUUACAAUCCUGAUGAGGAGUAUAUGGAAGUGGAAUCUAAACUGCGGGCACAUUUGGAUUCAUUUCUUGAAACUGCAAGAUCGUUCAAUACGAUUUAUACCAAGGAAAUUCGUCCAUGGACACACAUGAUGGAGGUACUACAACUUCAUGGGUUUGGGCCUGCUGCAAAUCGCUUAUUGGAGGCUUAUAAGAUGCUUUUGAAGUUCCUGGGCAACUUGAGGAGCCUGAGAGACUCGCAUGCCGCUCUUGCAGUUGGAUCAUCUGAAACCGUUGCAGGUGAACCCUCUCCUGUAACAAGAAUUAUCUCUGAGUGCGAGUCUGCAUUAAUAGUCUUAAAUCAUGAUCUUGGAAUUCUCUCGGCUUCUAUUGCUCGCGAGAAGGGUGAGCAAGUAAAUUUAUGAUGAUUGUAGAGAGACAACAGAAAGAACCGACAAAGUAUCUCUCCAUGUUGAAGAGUGUGUAUGUUCCAUUUAGAAAAAUGCACCAUUGUCUUUUAUUCAAGAUAUGAGCUUGGAUUCAGUUUUGGAUUAAGACCUGGGUGUUGAGAGCUGGUCUGCUAUGAUGCAAGUUCUUCCGGAUCUAUAACAUAGUUGCCGUAAAAUAAUGGAAUCUGAAUUGAUGUAGAUGAAGUAGGAACUGGUAAUUCGUAAGAGUUAUUUGCAAUUGUGAAUCUGCAUUGACAUUCGUAAUUUGUGAUAUUGGAUUCUUUGGCUCAAUGGUUUGUAAGCGAGGUGGUUGAUGUCAUCUACAACUUGAUUUACUGUAAUUUUUACAGUUUGAUUGCUUGAACCCACGACAGUUGGCUGGUUACAAUGCAAAAUUGUACUAAUUAGAAAAUGCUUAUAUUUUUAUUUCUGACUCCAUUAUUUACCCUUAUACAUGAUCUCCUUUUAUUUUUAUUGUUCAACUUUCUGGUUUGGAAGGACUGAGGAGUGAAAUCAAGUAAAAACUCAAAAGAAUUUUCCUGUCUGGUUGUAAGAGUGGAGCCUGCAUAUAUUGAUUGUAUUUAUUAUUCAUUUCCACUUAUGAUCCACUUGAUUAAGUUGUUUCCUUGCAU